AUGCUCGACCUCGACAAGUCUUCCACCACUCCAACCCCAAAAUGUCUCUUUACCAGCACCCAAAUGGCCAAAUUCCUUGACCACGAACAGCCGCCGAUCAAGAAGAGACCGCUUUCAACGAUUCUGAAUCAGCCUUUUACGCAUACUGCAUGUUACCUUCCAGUCCGAGUCUCGCAUCUUCCAAGCUGAUAGUGUAUUUACUAGCUGGACAUCCUCCUCCCCAAAACUACCAACCUAACACCCCUUCAAUCCCUCGCAACAACUUACGCAAAACUCCACCUCAAACUCCUCGACCUCCUCUCGGAUCCUUUCUUCACGACGUAUAUCAAGACUCCUGGCCCGUCUUCAGACAUCCUCCUCAUCUCGGAGCCUCCAUCGAACGACGAUUCCUCUUUCUCUCUCGCAGAUGGUAUCCUUCGAAUGGAACUCGGCAGACCGACAUACGAAAAGACCGGCUUACAAGGUAAACCCAUCCCACCUUCCGGAGAAGCAAGAAAACACACCAAACAGAAAUUCCUGGUCGAGGUGAACCUGAGAUUACCCUCCAUGGUUCAUGGGAAACCUGCGUUUGAGAGAUUACUCUGGGCGUGUAAGAAUGUCUUGAACGAAAGCGUCACAUGGCUCUUCUACUGCCCGUGCUCCGACCAGGAAGGUCCGAUCAAGGCGCAUUCCCCUACCUGGCGCACCACCCAGCUACUCUUCACGGAAAUGAGCGACGUUCUGGUUCCUGAGUUGAGAACAGAGAACGAAGACGAAGCUGUUGAAUUACUAGAAUGGGUCUCUCUGGCUAUGAAUCUUUGCUCUCCGAGAAUCCAGAGGGACGAUAAGAUCGACCCAUACCUAUCCCGCUAUCAGGUCCCACAACCCACUGCGACACGAGACUUGUUUCGCUUCAGAUGGCGCGGCCUCAUUUCCCCGGGAAUCGCACAGAAAACGUUUCUCACUGCGUUGAAGUGCACGGGGAACGAAUGGAUGGCCAUGAGCGGAACAUCCUUCACAGGGAGAAGUUAUACGAUUCUCGUUCGAGAUGGAAAGGCUUUGACGUGGGAAUACAAAGACUAA